AUGAUGAAAGAUAUUGUAUAUAAUAUCAGUAUCGAGAGUUUUGUUGAAGUACAAUGGAUAAAAUGGCCAUCGCAAGACAAUGUGGUUAAGGAGUGCCUUAUGAAAGGCAAACCAAAGAUUCAGUGUCACAACUACAUUCGUGUGUUGGCAAAAAAUUCGAAUUCAAAAAUUUUGAUUUGUGGGACAAAUGCUUUUAAACCAAUGUGUAGGAUGUAUGAGCGAGAAAAAUUUAGUGGUUAUCGACUUGAUUUUGAAUUCUCCGGUCUUGGAAUCGCUCCAUACGAUCCAGAUCACAAUUCCACCUUUCUGCUGGAUAAUGAUUUGCUGUAUGCAGGCACAGUGUCCGAUUUUACCGGAGCUGAUCCACUAAUCCAUCGACGGAAUGUGACCAAUGUGAAUGAUCGAGGAAUUCGAACUGAACGCAACGACAUUAAGUAUUUAAAUGAACCUCAGUUUGUCGGCAUCUUCAAAGACAACAAGUUUUGCAAAGCCAGACAUUCAUUUCAGCAUGUGUAUAUAUGGCUAAGAGAACAAGCUGUGCAAUAUGAGAACUGCGCUAAAGCCAUUCAUUCACGAGUGGUGAGGCUUUGUCGGUCAGAUAACGGUGGUCCACAAUUGUACGCUAACGAAUGGACGUCGUUUGUGAAAGCAACGUUAAAUUGCUCUGUUCCAGGCGAUUAUCCGUUUUAUUUCGACCAGAUCGAAGCAAUAACAGUAGUACCAUACAGUAAAGAACAAGCUUCAACGUCAGUGGUCUAUGCGGUAUUCAGAAGUCCAUUAGCGGGGAUAAGUUCAUCUGCUAUAUGCGUUUUCAACUUAACACAUAUGUCAGAUGUUUUUGAAAACUCAACAUAUGGUCGAAGUGAUUCGACAUCACGACAAUUGUCUGAGGAAACCUUGAAAUUUAGGCCCGGAAAAUGCGCAAAUGAUUCCCGCUCGCUCAAGGAAAAUAUGAUCGCGUCAUUAAGAGCCAAUCUAAUUUUAGAUGAUUCAAUUCAAAAUCAUUUUAAUUCGCCUAUUUCGAUUUAUUCAGGUUCAGAUCGUUUCACCCAAAUAGCUGUAGAUCCUCAGGUGCUAGCACUAGAUGGACAUUGCUAUGAUGUAAUAUUUAUUGGCACCGAUGGGGGUAAUAUUUUAAAAAUCGUCAAUCUAGCUGGUAUCAGCGAUGUAAAAAUGCAAACUUCUUAUCAUAUUUAUACUGUGGAGACUAUGAAUGCGCCGAUAAGGAAUUUAAUGCUUUAUCAUGCAAAUUCUGGCUAUGUUGAUGACCACUAUUUGAUUGUUGUUAGCGAUAAUACAGUAUGGCGUAUACCGAUCGCAUACUGUGGCAGAUCUCAUUCAUGCGCAGAUUGUAUUUCAUUACGGGAUCCCCACUGUGCUUGGGACUCACAAUUAGAACAAUGUGUUGUUGUUAAUGAACACUCUGGGCACUAUAAACAAAAUAUUCUUGAAGGUCAUAGCGACGAAAUUUGUCUUGAUGCAUCUUUUAGCCGAGUUUUGUCUCCUGAAAAGGAAGAAACUACAGUUAAGUAUGGUGAGAUUUGCUUAUGUGAGGACAAGAAACCUCCGGAACUGUGCGCAAUGGCUGGUACGGCUUUCUCAAAAAUUUCAACAGAAUCUGCCCGAUCAACGCUGAGCGACCGGAAUAGUAUCAUUUUCUUAUGUAUCGGUGUCGCUGUAUUAGCUUUAUUGUUCGGCUUUUUAAUGGGAUCGUUAUAUUCAUGUUGGAAAAUGCCGCCAAAGGAUCAGGUUUCACCUUGCGGAUCGUUUCGACAACCUCCUCAACCUGUAUAUAAUGGCAAUAAUAUGCCACAGUAUUUAGUGAAUUCUUCAAAUAACGUUAUAAAUGCUUAUGAAAUGACUCCGAAAUUUUUGGGAAGGAAUUCGCGAGAUGGAACUCCAGUUUCAUUAACGGUUUGUGUUUUUUUUGGCUAA